ACAAGUAGACCUACUGAAGAUGCAAGCAGAUGUUAAUGAUAAACAAACAAGUCCUCCAUCUACUAAAAAUGUCCUUGGCAUACAUUUACAUCACAAAGUUUGUGAAAUGCUGCAGAAAUGUUUUUUUAACCUAGAUUUUGACAAGGUCACAAGUGAUCAGACUUUCCACCCUGUUGAUAAAAUCACAGGCAUGUUACUUGAAAGAUCAGACAUGGAUAUUCAUAAAAUGUUGAAGGACAGACAUUUUUUGGAGGCAAAUAUUAUACGCACCCUUAGAUUUCUAAGCCAGGAACAUUUCACUUCUGCUGAACAGUCUUUAUUAGAUCAUACAGAAAAAAGGACUCAGCUGACUACAGAACAACUGGGUGAGAUUAUUUUUGCUAGAGUUCAAAUGUAUGAUGAAGGGUUAGCUCCUCAGAUUACAGGAAUGCUUUUAGAACUAGAUGCCUCAUCUCUUAUGGAGCUGCUGCAGAAUGAAGAUAGUUUUCAGCUGGCAGUUUACAAGUCAAAAUUAGCUAUAGACUCUACUGUCACAUCACCUACCAUUGGUGGUGAAAAUGACAGAAAAAUUACAGAUUUCAAGGAAAGUAUGAAAGACAACGGAAAUGAUACAGACAUGAAAGACUUUUUAGGGAAUCAAAUAUAUGAAAUAGUUUUUAAUAUCUACCUCAAUAAAGAUGUGGCUGCCAAAAAUACAGGAAUGAUCCUGGAAAUGGAUGUGGAAACCCUAAUAAGUUUAGUUGAAAACAAAGUCACUUUAAUGGCUGCCGUCAACAAGGCUUACACAGCUCUCACAACUACAUCUUGA